AUGAACGGCAAGGAAAUAUUUGUGGCCUUUAUGGCAUUGCUUUUCGUUUGUGGAGUUCAUUCACAAACUACAGCGGAUCCUGCAGGGACUACAGCAGAUCCUGCUGGGACUACAGCAGAUCCUGCUGGAACAACUGCAAAUCCUGCUGGAACAACAGCAGCUCCUGCAACAGGUACAACAACUGUAGCGCCAGGUGUGACAACGACAGCAGUUCCUAAUGUAAAUCCAACGUCUGCACCGAGUCCAUCAACAGCUGCCCCUACAGCUGCCCCUACUGUUACAACAACAGUUUCUGGAGCAACACAAACUACUACAAAAGCAGCAAAUACCACAAAAAAAACUCGCAGAACAACUAAACGUCGACCUGUCAGAAGAACAACUCGCAGAAGACCAAAUCGUCGUCCAAACCGUCGUCCAAAUCGUAGACCUAAUAGGAGGCCAAAUCGUCGUCCCAAUCGUAGACCAGGUCGCAGACCUAACCGCGGAUCGAACAGAAGACCAAAUCGUAAUGGUUAA